CAAACGUCGUGAAAAUCGAAAUCGAUAAGUAAGCAACGGAUUUUAGCUGCCCAGAAAAAGUCCACAAAUUUCGGUGAAAACCCAGCGAUAAGAGCCCCAAAAAUUGCUAGAGGUAAUGUAACGCCAUUAGUUCGGAGCUAAAAUAGAAAAAAGCAAUUUGUAGAGUGACCCGAUUGCCGUAGAAAAAGCCCCAUGAUGCAGCCGCCGCCGCGAAAGGGAAACUAUGUGAAGUUCCUAAAGAAUUUGCACACGGAGCAGGUGGCCAAGCUGCAGCUGAAGAACCAGCAUGAGUGCGACCUCUUGGAGGACAUCCGGCAGUUCACCAUCAAGCGCUCCGCCGUCGAGAAGUCGUACAGUGAGUCGCUGCUCAAGAUCUCGUCGCAGUAUCUCAACAAGAAGAUACCCAAUAUACCAGAUAUCAAGAUGGAUGGCAUGGAGGAGCGCUGGAACAUGUGGAGCGUUUGGCGCACUGUGCUCGAGGAGAAUGAGAAACUGGCUCGCGCCAGAUUGGCCGCUAUAGAGGUGUUCCAACAGCAAAUCGCCGAUGAGGCCAAGGUUCUGCGGGACUAUAAGUUGGCCAUAGCCAAGCGCUCGCUAUCCGGAAUUGUCAAUGUGCAGAAGGAACUCCACCUGAGCGUGGGUGAUGUGGACAAGACCAAGAAAUCAUACUUUGACGAAGAGCAUUGUGCCCACGAUGUGCGGGACAAAGCCCGCGACAUCGAGGAGAAGCUCAAGAAGAAGAAGGGCUCCUUCUUUCAAUCAAUCACGUCGCUGCAGAAGAACAGCGCCCGGGUCACAUCGCGCAAGGAGCUGCUGGAGGAGAAGUCCUCCGGCGCCCGGAAUGACUACGUGCUCAGCUUGGCGGCGGCCAACGCCCAUCAGAAUCGCUACUUCACCGUCGAUCUGCAGACCACGAUGACCACCAUGGAGAACUAUGUCUUCGAGCGGGUUGCCGAGUACCUGAUGUUGAUGGGCCGCACAGAGCUGUUGACUUGCUCGGCUACGCAGAACAGCUUCGGGAAGAUCCGCGACCAGGCGCAGCAGUUGACCCGGGAGUACAACCUGCAGUGCUGCUACCUGUUCUAUCCGGUGCUGAAGCAGCACAUCCAAUACGACUUCGAGGCGUGCGACAACGAUCCGGUGCGCAAGGUGACCGCGGAGCACGAGUCCGCCGCCGAGACGCUAACCAAGGAGGCCAAGAAUCUGGCCGGCAGAGUGGUCAAGGAGAAUGCCUCGAUCCGGGAGAAUGCCAAGAAGCUGGCGCUGUGCCAGUCGCUGCGAGACUCCGGCCAGCGCACCGAUCCCAACGAUCCCAAUGGACCGGAUCUGGACACCAAGAUCGAGGAGUUCCGCGAUCAAAUCCGUCGGUCCGAGACGGAGAAGACAAAGGCGGAGGCAUGCUUGCAGUGCCUGCGCGAUGGCGGCAUCAACGUGGACGAGUGGGUGCAGGAGGCCGAGAUCAUGGGGGUGCAGGAGCUGACGCGUUCGGCCAGUUCCAUUUCGAUGCGCACCGACGCCUCUGGCCAGGGCGAGAAUCCCAGUUCGGAUUCCUUCUACGACAGCGACAAGGAGGAGACCCAGGCUCAGGCAUCUGCCCAAACGAAGCCCAAGCAGGAGCAGCAGCUAUCCAGGGAUCGCACCUUCAGCGACAGUGAGGACGAGCCCGAAGUGCGUACUUCAACUGCGGCCACUUCUUCGGCAGCUGCUGCCUCCUCAUCGAUGAUGGCCAGUAGCGCUGGUGGCUGGGAUGAUCCCACUGAGGUCAACUGGGGCGCUGCCGAGGAGGAGGAGGACAAGGACGAACCGAUUGUCCCGGAGCCCAAGGAGGCGAUCUUCAAGUGCACUGCACUCUACAGCUAUACAGCCCAGAAUCCUGACGAGCUCACCAUCGUCGAAAAUGAACAACUCGAGGUGGUUGGCGAGGGCGACGGCGAUGGUUGGCUGAGGGCCCGCAACUAUCGCGGCGAGGAGGGCUACGUGCCGCACAAUUAUCUGGACAUCGACCAGGAGACAGCGGGCAGCGCCUUUAAUGGUACUUCAGGCAAUCAAUUGCGCUCUCAAAUCUCAUUCUCAUCUGUCGAUUAUACCGUUGACAAUGAAGAUCAGACAGUGGACUCGAUGCAAUCGCCCGACCAGGUCUCGGUCAUCAUGGCGCCCCAGAAGCGUGUCAAAUCGGACGUGGAGUGGUGCAUCGCGCUGUACGACUACGACGCCACCGCCGAGGAUGAGCUCACCUUCGAGGAGGGCGACAAGAUCAAGAUCAUCACCAAGACCGCCCAUGGCGUCGACGAUGGCUGGUGGGAGGGCGAGCUGGAUGGCAAGUUCGGCAACUUCCCCUCGCUGGUCGUCGAGGAGUGCGACGAGUUGGGCGAACCGCUCAGCGAGGGUGGCGACGAGUCACCUCCGCCCACCGCAGCGCCCACUUUCGCACUGCCCCCCGCUCCGGCCCUGCCGCCAGAGUACGCCCACGAACUGGAACUGGAGCUCACUGAGGACAUGUUCGGUUCUCAGGACACGGCAGAUGAGGAUAGCGGCUAUAUACCCAACGGCGCUGCUGCCCCGAGUAUGCCUCCGCCAGGCCAGAAAGAAAGCCAAACCACUGCCAAGAAGGUACUCAUCCAAGAGCCUGGCAUGGAGGACGAUCUCAGUGACGAUGGGCAGCCGCCGCCCCAACUAGCGAAGGCGGGCGGAUCCGCUCCUGGAGCUGGGAGCAAGGUCGAAAAGGGGGCGGCGGCAGGUGGCGCCAACACGCUGAACUUAGGUAUGGCACAAAUAAUUGUUACCGCUGCAACCCCCAUGGUUGAAGACGGUGCCGAUAAAUCUUUCCCACCAGUAGGCGAGAGCGAUGCGCAGCCGGAGGAGCAGGUGUCCAAGGAGCCGCCGGCGGAGGUGGCCAAAAAGCCAGAUAUUGCGCCCAAGCCGCUGGCCAAGGUGGCGCCACAGAGUGCGCCGGCCAAAGAAGGUAAUGCCGGAGUGCGGCCCGUGGUGAGCAUUACACUGACCGAGUAUCCAUCCUGUGAUGCAGAGGACCAACAGUCCUUCUCGGAGGGCACCGAUUCGGCUUCGGUGGCCGAUGUGCCGGUCCUGCAGGACGCGGAGGAUCCAUUCAACGAGAAGGCCAAGGGCGAGUCUGGCGGCGGCGAAUCGGGAUUUGAGGCCAACUUUGAGGCCAACUUCGAUGCCAACUUUGAUGACGCCUUUGCCGGAAACGGUGGAGGUGGGGGCGGUGGAGGCGGAGGUGGGGAGCAGUCCAACGACUUGGACAUCAACGGAGAGGCAGCAGGAGAAGCAGGAUCUGGAUCUGCGGCUGGCGAGGAGGAUAUUGAGGCACCCAAGCAGGUGGUCGGUGGGCGAGCUAGCAUACCCGAGGAAUUGGACUCAAAUCAAUUGGCACACUACCAUGAGCAUGAUAUAUACUAUGUAGACUAUAGCCACGGACAGUUAUAGAGCGGAUGAGCGGAACACCACAGCCACAACCACAACCAAAUCCCACAACACUCGAAAGCAUUUUGAUCUCACACUCAUCAUCCCACAACCUAUCCAACAAAUCCAAACACACAGAUGAUAUAGCCAGACUCAGACGGACUAGCAACUUCUCGAUCGGGUGGCGGAUGUAGAUUGUAGCAAACCCUAUCCAAUUGGAAUUCCCUAUUCCUAUCAAAGGAAAAGGGAUUUCUUUCGGCCGCCCGAUUUAAAAUACAACGACACAAUAGCAGGAUAUAGAAUAUAUGUACUUAAUUCAGUAUUUCAGGUGGGGAUCCCUCUCCCAACUUCACGUACAGCGCUCAAAUUGUGUACAUCCAUUUGAACACUUCUUCUGACUGCCUCUGGGGUUAUAGUUAGACAUCAACUGGGCCUUCAUAAACAAAAACCACCAUACGAUAUAUUAUAACUAUAUAAAUAUAUACAUAAUUAUGUUAGUUUGUAAUGUGUUAUACCCUCAGACGCGUAUGGAAUACAUUACGAGUAUAUAUAAAUGGCAUAUUGUAACGUUUUGAAAGACAAUUACUUAUGUAGCACUCAGACACGGGUCUUCGAAUAUCAGCAUCCACAACUAAUCGAGCAAUAAUAUGUAUAUAUAUCUAAGUAAAUUAGAGAAUCCAGUUUAGCAGCAUUAAGUUAGCCAUUCGCUUGAACUUGCCGCCAACAAAAGCCAAUCAACUUCAAUGUCAAUUCAGUUGGAUUUCUUUACCGCUUCUGUUCGCUCCACUUAGUCUUAGGAUCCCUGCACAUUAUAGUAAAUCAAUCAAUCGAAGCCGAUGACGAAUGUAUUCGAGUCGUACGAGCGGAUCCGGCAGAUAUAUAUUGUUGUAAUUGUAUGCAAAACACUAGCCUAAUUAGUUAAAUGUUUUCCGUGUCUAGUCAAAUGGUCUAAGUUAAUGUUGGAUGCCAGAAAGAAGAUAUUUGAAAUUAGUAAUACCUAAAAGCCUACUCAAUGCGAUACUUUGUUUGCGAUACUCGAAUAGAAAAAGUAAAGUUCAUAACUCACCAAUUGGAUAACUUCAUAUACACAUAACCGAUAUUACCGAACAUACAUAGAUAACAACAACAAUGAUGAAAACCCAAUAUAAGUAAUUGUAUGUAAUUUUUGACCCCGCCCAGUGAGUUAAUCAAUGUUUUAAGUCAUAGUUUAAAAACCUUCUGUUCGAACAACUAACAAAUAAAAUUUCCACUUUAA